CACCCACCUUGAUAGGUAUGGUAAGGAAGGACUGGGCUUCCCAAAACAGCAUUGCCCUCUCCUGGCAAGAGCCGGACUUUCCCCAUGGAGCAAUUCUGGACUACGAGAUCAAGUACUAUGAGAAAGUCUACCCACGGAUAGCGCCGGCAUUUUGGCACUACCUGCGGGUAGAAGAGCAUGAGCAGCUCAGCUAUUCCUCCACACGGUCCAAGGCUCCGAGUGUUAUCAUCACAGGUCUCAAGCCAGCCACCAAGUACAUAUUCCAUAUCAGAGUCAGGACGGCAGCAGGAUACAGCGGCUAUAGCCAGAAGUUUGAAUUUGAGACUGGAGACGAAACUUCUGACAUGGCUGCGGAGCAGGGGCAGAUCCUGGUCAUCGCCACUGCUGCUGUCGGGGGAUUCACCCUCCUGGUCAUCCUCACUCUGUUCUUCCUCAUCACUGGCAGAUGCCAGUGGUACAUAAAGGCCAAAAUGAAGUCUGAGGAGAAAAGAAGGGCUCAUCUGCAAAAUGGACACUUGCGUUUCCCAGGACUCAAAACUUACAUCGAUCCAGACACCUAUGAAGACCCAUCUCUUGCUGUCCACGAGUUUGCAAAGGAGAUAGACCCUUCAAGAAUCCGUAUUGAAAGAGUCAUUGGGGCAGGGGAGUUUGGAGAAGUGUGCAGUGGGCGUCUGAAGACCCCAGGAAAAAGAGAGAUCCCUGUUGCAAUUAAAACUCUCAAAGGUGGCUACGUGGACAGGCAGAGGAGAGAUUUCCUGAGGGAGGCCAGCAUCAUGGGCCAGUUUGAUCACCCAAAUAUAAUCCGCCUGGAAGGAGUUGUCACAAAAAGAUCCUUUCCGACCAUUGGGGUGAAGUCUCUUUCGAGAUUCCUGAGGGCGGGAUUUUUAAAUAGCAUCCUGGCCUCACAUCCAGUGGCAGGGGGUGGAUCUUUGCCCCCCAGCAUUUCCUCUGGCAGGCCAGUAAUGAUUGUAGUUGAGUACAUGGAGAAUGGAUCCCUCGACUCCUUCCUGCGGAAGCACGACGGCCACUUCACAGUCAUCCAGCUGGUGGGAAUGCUGAGGGGGAUUGCCUCUGGCAUGAAGUACCUGUCGGACAUGGGCUACGUGCACCGGGACCUGGCAGCGCGGAACAUCCUGGUCAACAGCAACCUCAUGUGCAAAGUCUCCGAUUUCGGUCUGUCCCGAGUGCUGGAGGACGAUCCUGAAGCUGCUUACACCACAACUGGUGGCAAGAUCCCCAUCAGGUGGACAGCUCCCGAGGCCAUAGCUUACCGCAAGUUCUCGUCGGCCAGCGACGCCUGGAGCUACGGCAUCGUCAUGUGGGAGGUGAUGUCCUACGGGGAGAGGCCCUACUGGGAGAUGUCCAACCAGGAUGUUAUCCUGUCAAUUGAAGAAGGCUACAGGCUUCCAGCUCCCAUGGGCUGCCCAGCUUCCCUUCACCAGCUGAUGCUCCACUGCUGGCAAAAGGAGAGGAGCCACCGGCCCAAAUUCAGCGACAUCGUCAGCUUCCUGGACAAACUGAUCCGCAACCCAAGCACCCUUCACACCCUCGUGGAGGAUGUACUUGUAAUGCCAGAUUCACCUGGUGAAGUUCCCGAAUAUCCUUUGUUUGUGUCAGUCAGUGACUGGCUGGACUCCAUAAAAAUGGGUCAGUAUAAAAAUAACUUCAUGGCAGCAGGUUUCACAACUUUGGAUAUGGUCUCAAGAAUGAAUAUUGAUGACCUUAGAAGAAUUGGAGUUGCACUCAUUGGACACCAGAGACGAAUAGUCAGCAGUUUACAGACUUUGCGGUUACACAUGAUGCACAUACAGGAGAAAGGAUUCCAUGUAUGAAAGUACUAGAACCAACUGUGUUUUGUGCCUCAGCAUUUCUAAAAGGGAAAAAUAUUCUCAUUCUUUCCUUCUGCUCUUCCCAACUCCGAGGACUGCAGCCUCCUGUUCAGACUACAUGAGUACUUCGAUGGUAAUGCUUCCAAACCGGAGUUUUUAAUCACACCGCACAGCUCCUCCACCAGUUAUCAGCCAAGAAAACCCUGGCCUACUGCAGGACUCUUGCUACACAUUGAUGAGUAACUCAGCAUGGAUGUGUAACUUUGUAUAACAGUAUUUGGGAAACUUUCAUGAACUCACUUGAAAGUAAUAAUCUAUUUGGCCUGGUGUGGCAUCUUUAUCGAUGUAUUUAGAGUUUGCUGGUAGAUCAAAAAAGUAUUUGACUUCUUUCAUGUUCUGUGACCAUGUAACUUCCAAUACCAAAUGUGCAAUCAAAAAGAAGUUUAACAUAAAUAUUUAUUUUAUCUCUUAAUUAAA